CCAACUCUUACCCAGCCUGUUUACAGUUUAUGUAUAGAGCAAAGGGGACGAUCGGAUCUCUUCCUCGGUUUACGCUAAAAUUCGGGAACAAUUCAUCGCCCCUGGGCACCAAUUUAUCUCGUGGUGCUGUGCUUUCUACUCAACUUCUGCAUCACCAAACUUGGGAGUGUUCAAUCAUGAUUGAGAGUGGAAAUUUAAUCCUCAAAUCUCAUUAUGAGAUCCUCGAUGUGAAGGAAGAUGCUAGCUCUGACGAAAUUCGUACAUGCUACCGAACUGCCAUUCUGAGUUAUCAUCCAGAUAAAAUGCAAACGACAUCCCAAACAUCAAAUCCUGCAAACGAGUUGGGCGGAAGGUUUUUAGAGGUGCAGAGGGCUUGGGAAAUCCUCGGAGAUUCAAAAUCUCGUGCACUUUAUGAUAACGAGCUGCAAUCUUCGAGGCAAGAUUCUGCAACUGCUGAAGAUAUCAGAUUAGAGGAUCUGUCAAUCGAAGAGGUUGGUGAUAUUUUUGAGCUUUCGUACGGCUGCAGAUGUGGCGAUUACUUCCUAAUCGAUUCUUUGGAGUUGUCAGAUAUGGGAUAUCCACUGUUGAAAAAUGGGAGUAAAAUUGUUUUGCAAGCGCCUAGAUCUCCACCUGCAUCUGUUGUUCUUCCUUGUGGGUCAUGCUCGCUUAAAGUACGGUUAUUGAUUAAUUCUGAUAGUAAGCUUCAAACUGAGUUGAGUAAUUGAUAAUAGUUUUUCCAUUAAUCUGCAAUUUUGGUCUGAGCAAGUGAUUUAAGAUUAUCUAUAAUUUUGUGGAAUGUAACAGAGAAUUGGAAAAAUGACAGGUCAUUUUGAUUAAAAUUUGUAAUGUGUACUGAUUCAAUUGUUCAUGCAAUUGUUGUGGCCUGUGGUGCCAUUAUUUGAAUAGCAAAGGAUUUGAA